UCGCUGAGCCAAACGUUGAGCUGCGUUCAGUUAAUAUUUGAGUGUGUGCGUACGUGUGUGUUUGUUUGUAUAAGGAAUUCCAUAUGUGGGUUGUGUGCAUAUGUGAAAUGUGAAACGAGCUUUUUGCAUUUUACAACAAUAAACAAACAAACAAACAAAUAUACAUGCAUAUAUGAAUAAAACUAUAGACGUAAAUAAACAAAAUAAAACGUCAUAGGCUGAGCUUGCGCUGCAGGUUAACUUAAUUAAGUGCUAAAAACAAAGAGCGUCCGGGACAAGCGAACAAAAGAAAGUUUUUGGUUUUGAAACAAAUGCGUUUUUAUUGUCUAAAAUAGAAAGUCAAUAACGGUGUGCAAUUGAAAAAAAAAAGAAAACAAAAAAUAUAGUGUUCAAAAUGUUAUUCACAACGCGUGUAAUCUUGGCUAGCUGCCUGCUUGGCUUUUGUGCCAUAGAAAUGACCAAAGCAUCGGCUAUACCCAUUUGGGAGUUUUUGUCACGCAACGAGAAGAUGUCUUACCUGUACUCCACAUUUGCACAGCUGGUGAGCGUACACUGCAAAUCAACUGUGGGCGUGGUCGGCAGUCUGCCCGUCAAUCAGUGCAAGCAUCAGCUUUUGGGCUAUGGUUAUGAGAAAUUGCAAACAUUCUCCGCUGCGCAGCUGGAGGCACUCGAUCCAUAUCAGCGUGAUGCCAAUGAGCUGAUCUGGUCAUCGAUUAUGCGGGAUCAUCCCAGCGCAACGCUGAUAACCACACGCAAGCCGCAGCAGCCACUGCCCACGCCGCCCGCCUCGUCGCUCAUCAUACUCAGCCAGCAGCAGCAGCCACAGAAUCCCAUUUUUGAAAGCAGCGAGCAUAAGCACAAGUAUGCCAUGGACAUGGACAUGAGCUAUGGUUAUGGCGUCAGCGGCAGCGAUGGCAAUCCCAGCUCCAGCGAGCUGCCCAUGGCCGCUGCUUUGACCGCUGAGCCACCGCAAACGUUUCUAAGCGGACCGCUGGUCAUACGCGUGCGUCCCGAUGGCACGCCCGUGGAGGAGGAUCAGCAGCGUCCGUUGCCGCGCGACGAUGAUCUGGAAACCUAUCGUCUGGCACACAAUGCCAAUGCGCCGCGUCCCAAUCGUCAUCGCAAGAUUGCCACAAUAAGCGCACUCAAGCAGCAACAAUUUGCGGCCAUUGCACUGCAGCGCGAACUGCAACCGCCGCAUCCACAUCAAGUGCAGCAGCGACGCCAGUACCGCCAGGCACAGCCGCAAUCCAUGCUUCCCGCUGGCUACUACUACAGCCCGGCGCAGCAGGCCUAAAAAGUGGGAUUCCCGUUAAUUCAUUGUCUAGAUUUUAAGCUUUAUCUACUAUAAGCGAACAUGUUUGUGCGUGUCUGUUCAGGUGUCUGCUUGUUUAUGAAUGUGAUAUUGGACGUCGUGUGUCUGUGAAAUUAUUUCAUUUGUCCUAAGUUUUAUCGAUUGAAUUUCGUAUUUGUAACAAUUUACAAUUCGUAAGUUUUUCUUUAAAUUUUAUUUAUUUGCCUGCACUAGUCUGUAAGUCUUA